CCGAGAGCGACAGAGACCAAGCUCACUCUGGUCGGCGGUGCGGAGCAGAAGCCAGACCUGCAGCCACUCCGCCUCCCUGCCGCGCAGGCCCCUCCUCGACGGCCGCUCCCUCUGGGGCGGCAGCGCGCACGCAUGGCGCUCUAAGGUUCGCGCUGAGUACGGGUCGCGGCGCCACGGGCGGCACCAUGGCCCUGGAGCAGGCUCUGCAGGCGGCGCGGCAGGGAGAGCUGGACGUGCUCAAGUCCCUGCACGCGGCCGGCCAGCUGGUGCCCUCACUGCGCGACCCGCUCGAUGCGCUGCCCGUGCAUCACGCGGCCCGCGCUGGCAAGCUACAUUGCCUGCGCUUCCUGGUGGAGGAGGCCGGCCUGUCCGCCGCCGCCUGCGCCCGCAACGGCGCCACUGCGGCCCACGACGCCGCCGCCACCGGCCACCUCGCCUGCCUGCAGUGGCUGCUCUCGCACGGUGGCUGCGGAGUGCAGGACAAAGACAGUUCUGGUGCCACAGUCCUGCACCUGGCUGCCCGUUUUGGCCACCCUGAGGUGGUAGAUUGGCUGCUGCGUCACGGCAGAGGGGACCCCACUGUGACCACCGACACAGGCGCCCUGCCUGUCCACUAUGCCGCCGCCAAAGGAGACUUCCCCUCCCUGAGGCUUCUCGUCGAGCAUUACCCUAAGGGAGUGAAUGCCCAAACCAAGAAUGGUGCCACACCUCUGUACCUGGCGUGCCAGGAAGGCCACCUGGAGGCGACACAGUACCUGGUGCAGGAGUGCGGCGCGGACCCGCACACUUGCGCCCACGACGGCAUGACUCCACUGCACGCCGCGGCGCAGAUGGGCCACUGCCCGGUCAUAGUGUGGCUGGUGAGCUGCACCGACGUGAGCUUGUCAGAGCAGGACAAGGACGGCGCCACAGCCAUGCACUUCGCGGCCAGCCGCGGCCACGCCAAAGUGCUCAGCUGGCUCCUACUACACGGCGGCGAGAUUUCGGCUGACCUGUGGGGAGGGACCCCGCUGCAUGACGCCGCCGAAAACGGGGAGUUGGAGUGCUGCCAGAUUCUGGUAGUGAACGGCGCCGAGCUGGACGUGCGUGACCGCGACGGCUACACCGCUGCGGACCUCUCGGACUACAAUGGCCACAGCCACUGCACCCGCUACUUGCGCACUGUGGAGAACUUGAGCGUGGAGCACCGUGUGCUGUCCCGAGAUCCAUCAGCAGAGCUGGAGACCAAGCAGCCUGACUCGGGCAUGUCCUCACCCAACACCACCAUGUCUGUCCAGCCGCCCAACUUUGACCUCAGCUCACCCGCCAGCACUCUCUCAAACUACGACUCCUGCUCUUCCAGCCACUCCAGCAUCAAGGGCCGGCACCCCCUGCAUGGGCUGUCCAGCGCAAGAGCUACAGAUAUACAGAGCUACAUGGACAUGCUGAGCCCGGAGCUAGGCCUGCCCUGGAGCAAGGCAGAGAGAACCACUCCACCACCACCACCCAGCUUCCCUCCACCACCCCCACCUCCAGGCACCCAAGUACCUCCACCCCCACCAGGGUACCCAGCUCCCAAGCCCCCCAGGGGGCUUCAAGCAGCUGACAUCUACAUGGAGACCAAGAACAAACUCCGCCACGUGGAGACCUUCAAGAAGGAGGCGGCGCUGCUUCCCGGGAACCACGUGCACAACGGCUGCACCGCGGACCCCAAGGCUUCCAGGGAUCCGCCGCCUCCGCCGCCGCCGCCCCUACCCGAGGCGCUGAGCUCGCCGCCUCCGGCUCCGCCUCUGCCCUUGGAGGGCGCGGGCCCGGGCUGCGGGCAGCGUCGCUCCUCCUCGUCCACUGGCAGCACCAAGUCUUUCAACAUGAUGUCCCCGACGGGCGACAAUUCGGAGCUACUGGCUGAGAUCAAGGCAGGCAAGAGCCUGAAGCCAACGCCCCAGAGCAAGGGUCUGACCACCGUGUUCUCAGGCAGCGGGCAGCCGGCCUCCCAGCCAGACUCGCCGGUGCCGCCGGCGUCCCCUGCGACGUCCAGGGCCCGGAGCCCCACCCCGCCGGCCAUGGGGCCCCAGCCCUUGCUCAAUGGCAGCGUGGCGCCGGCGCCGCCCGCCACCCCAGCACCAGGCGUCCAGCUUGACGUGGAGGCACUCAUCCCCACACACGAUGAGCAGGGUCGUCCCAUCCCCGAAUGGAAGCGCCAGGUGAUGGUGCGCAAACUGCAGCUGAAGAUGCAAGAGGAGGAGGAGCAGAGGCGGAAGGAGGAGGAGGAGGAAGCCCGCCUGGCCAGCAUGCCUGCCUGGAGGCGGGACAUCCUUCGGAAGAAGCUAGAAGAGGAGAGGGAGCAGAAACGGUGAGUGUGGCUGAAUCUGACCUGCUCCCUCCUCCCAGUCAACCACAGAGCCCCUUCAUUACCCCAUCCAGCCCUGUACUGAGAGCCAUCCCUCAUCACUCAGUCCAUAAACAAACCUCUCUGUUCCCACCAGACCCAUCUUCUCCAAUAACUCUGUCCCACCCUCAAUAUUUACUUCUAAGAAGUAUUUUAUUUAUUUAUUUAUUUGAGAGAUAGGAUGAGAGAAAGAAAAAGAACCAGGGCACCACAGGGACAUGUGUUGCCAAGGAUCAAACUUGGGACCUCAUGCUUGACAGUCCAAUGUUUUAUCCACUAUGCCAGUGAACAGUGAACCACCAAAGUCUACUUCGCGCACCCUAAUCAUUUUACCCCCAGAUAUUCAGACCCAUCUCCCUCUGCCCUAGCCAUUCUGCCUCUCAAUUCCGUAAAUCAAUAACUUGAUCUUCUGUCCCUCAAAAAUGUCUGCCCCCCCCCCCAGUAAUUUACCUAUUACUGUUGACAGGAAUAUACAAUGUUGUGUUACGUUUUCUAGUAAUCAUGGUGAAAAAAAGAAGCAAAAAGUAAAGUAAAACAAAAAGACAGGUAAAAAUAAUAAAGUUCAAUCACAUAUUUCAAUUGAUCUUUUAAGUUAUAACUUUCAGUACAUAUAGUCCAAAUAAAUACUAAUGAGGGCCAGUGAGCUAACUCACCAAGUAAGCUAUCUUGCUACUUUGCCAUAUAUGUAGCCCAGUUUUGAGUUCAACAGGAGAGUGUCAUGGCCCUGAGGGAAGUUCUGAUGCUGCAAUGUCUCUCCCUUUGUCUGUGAAUGAUAAAAGACCAGUCUGGGAGUGGUGAAAUCAAGUGAGGUCCUGGUUCUGGGGAAAAAAAAAAACCUAAUGAAAAAAAAAUUUUUUAACCAGCACACUGCACAGCUCUGGCUUGUGAUAGCACUGGGGAUUGAACCUAGGAUAUUACAGCCACAGGCAUUAAAGUCUUUUUGCAUAACCAUCAUGCUCUCUCCCCAGCUUUGAGAUUUUUAAAUGCAGUUCCAGAGUAUAAACUCAGUGUCUCAGACAUGUGCUCUACCAGAGCCAUCCGGCUCACCCAGUUUUUUAAUUUUAUUUUUUAUGAUUGAGAAAUAGAGACAAUCGCAAAGCACAGGCCCACCAUUCAUGAGGUUUUCCUGUUUUUUAUCUUCUAAGACUGGGGAUCAAAUCUUGGGCCUAAGGGAUGUGAGGCAAAAGGUCUACUACUGAAUCACCUGCCUCCAAGUGAGAUGUUUUACUUACAACACACACACACACACACACACACACACACACACCUUGAUGUCAUAUAUAUUUUAAGCCCAUGACACUUUUUUUUUUUACUUUUAUUAUCUUUAUUUACUUAUUGGAUAGACUGCCAGAAAUCGAGACAGAACAGGGGAAUGGGGGAGAGACAAAGACACCUGCAGCACUGCUUCAGUACUCGCAAAGCUUUCCCUCUGCAGAUGGAGACCAACGGCUUGAACCUGGGUCCUUGAGCACUGUAAUGUGCACUCAACCAGGUGUGCCACCACCUGGCUCCCAUGACACUUUUUUUUUUUUUGCCUCCAGGGUUAUCACUGCCCUUAUUGUAGUUAUUACUGUUAUUAUAGCUGCUGUUGUUGUUGGAUAGAACAGAGAGAAAUCAAGAGAGGAGGGGAAGACGGAGAAGGGUUGAGAAAGACCUACAGGUCUGCUUCACCACUUGCGAAGUUACCCCCCUGCAGGUGGGAGCAGGGGGCUCGAACCGGGAUCCUUGCCCUGGUCCCUGGGCUUUGCACGAUGUGUAUUCAACCCCUCUGUGCUACCACCCACCCACCCCCUUGACACUUCUUAAUCCCGACAUUUCUUUUUUUAAUUUAAUUUUGUUUAUUUUCCCUUUUGUUGCCCUUUUUUUUUAAAUUGUUGUAGUCAUUACUGUUGUUUUUGAUGUCAUCAUUAUUAGAUAAGAGAGAGAGAUGGAGAGAGGAGGGGAAGACAGAGAGGGGGAGAGAAAGAGACACCUGCAGACCUGCUUCACUGCUUGUGAAUCGAUUCCCCUGCAGGUGGGCAGCUGGGGGCUUGAAACAGGAUCCUUAGGCCGGUCCUUGCACUUCAAGCCACACGCUGUGCUACCGCCCAACUCCCUAAUCCCUGCAUUUCAAAUGUCCCAUGACCACACACCCUUAAAGGUAUCCUUGCCAGCAUGCACUUCUAGUCCCUAAAUUCUGUCUACUAACCUUCUCCUAUCAGUUCCUUUCUCCCAAUAAUGUGGUCUCUGCUGCCUAGCAGCCCAAACCCACUCCCCAGUAACACAGAUCCAGGUUGUAGACCCAGUAAUCUCUCUCCUAAACUUAAAAAAAAAAUAUCUUUAUUUAUUGGAUAGAGAUAGCCAGAAAUCAAGAGAGAAGGGGGUGGUAGAGAGGGAGAGAGAGAGACCUACAACACUGCUUCACCACUUGCAAAGCUUUCCCCCUGCAGGUGGGGACUGGGGGCUCAAACCCAGGUCCUUGUGCAUUGUAACAUGCACUCAACCAGGUGCACUACCACCCAGCCCCUUCUAUUAAACUUUUUGUAAGGUAUUUUUAAUUUUUUAUUUUAUUUUUAUUUAUAAUUAUUAUUAUUAUUGCCUCCAAGGUUAUUGCUGGGGCUUAUUUUAUAUUUUUUAGACCAGAGCAUACUCAGCUCUGGCUUAUGGUGGUGCUGGGAAUUGAACCUGGGACCUUAGAGCCUCAGGCAUGAAAGUCUUUUGCAGAACCAUUAUGCUGUCUCCCCAGGCCAAUUUUAUUUAUUUAUUACUAUUUAUUCUGGAAUAGCCAGAAAUCGAGAGGAAGGGGGAGACAGAGAGGGAGAGAGAGAUACCUGCAGCACUGCUUUAUUACUUUCAAAGCUUUCCCCCUGCAAAUGGGGACUCAAGGCUUGAACCCAGGUCCCUGCACAUUUUAACAUGUG